AUGUCCAACGACCUGGACCACAUCCUUUCCGCCGAUCCGUUCACACCUCUGCCGGAUUAUCCGACGGAACAGAGGGCCAAAAAAGUCCCACACGCCCCGAAAAGGCCCUGUCCGCUCAGUGCCAAGGAGAAGCGGGUUUUUGAGCUUUUCCCAGCUUUUUUUCAAUAUGUUUUUGAAGUUGGCGGUGAAGAAUAUCUUGAGAUACGUUCCUGAAGAGCACCACAAAUUAUUAGCCCGAGAAUUCGCCGAGGAACUGGAAACCUACGGCCAUAUCUAUGCGUAUCGGUUCAUGCCCACCUUUGAUCUCAAGGUUGGUUUUUUGGUAAAGAAAUGAAAGAAAUAAAAAAAGACUUUUUAGGAUAUAAGAUUAUCAAAAUGUUCAUUUAUAGUCAAUUUUUUUCAGUAGUUUCGAAUGUGAAUUUGCUCACUAACUUGAAAAAUCCAUUUAAUAAUUAGAAUCCGAAAUUUGAUAGAAGCAGGGGUCCAAUGAAGAAGAAUAGAGCCAAAUAAUAGCUUUGAAUUGGAAAAAAAGUUUGACUUUGUACAAUUGUGUGAGCCUUUAAAAAGAUAUCUUAAGUCAAGUUUUUUGGUGAACUGAAGCCCAGCCUCUGCUUAUUUUUCUCAGAAGUGUCCAUUUGAAGUUUCUUUCUUUUCUUCAAAUCUUUGAAAAUCUAUCAGAAAAAGGAAAUCUCGCUCAAAAAUUAUUUAAACGUCUUUUGUGAGUGAAAUAUCUUUGAAUAUUAAAAAGGAACAUUGUAUUUUUCGAGCUUUAUGGUCUCAUGGUAACUAUCAAACUUUAAAGUUUUAAUAAUAUUUUUUUAAAGCUUCUAUGGUUUUUCAGUUCGAGACAAUGAAUUGAAAAAAAUAUUUUCACAGGCCCCAGCUUUAUUCGACAUCUCAGCCAAGAACCAUCAUGCCAGCGCGAUCAUUCUCAUGAUUCUCAAUAAUUUGGACGCUCGUGUGGCUCAGUUCCCACAGGAGCUCGUGACCUAUGGGGGAAAUGGUCAGGUGUUCAGCAAUUGGAUUCAGGUAACUUUUUGAGUUUUUUUUUCUUAUUAGUACUGAAAAUUCACGUAUGAAGUUACUAUCACUGCAUUAAUCUUGGUAACUCGAAAAAAAAUUAUAAUUUUCUUAAUUUUCGAUCUUUUCUAAUGACGUAUAGUUCUGUCACUUCUGACCAGAGCUGCUGAGGUGUCGGGUCGGCCCGGGGCGGACCCGUAAACCAGAAGAGUCAUUUUUCCUCAUUUUUUUCACCACUUUUUUCACUCGGGUUUCCCCGAUUGCCCUUUAGCAGCUCUGUCAUUACCCCGGGACAAUUUUAAUGACGUUCUCCUGCCCAAUUACAGUUCCGAAUCGUCCUCCGCUACCUGGCUCAGAUGACGUCAUCCCAGACCCUGGUCCUUUACUCGGGCCAUCCUUUGGGCCUUUUCCCCUCGUCUCCAGAUUCGCCCAGGAUGACCGUCACUAAUGGAAUGGUUGAUUUCAGUUUUCUGUACAUUGCGAACACUUUGCUGUUUGAAACAGAAAGCUUCAACACACUUUAGUGGUCACUUGAUCUUCACGUUUGACGUUUAGCAUGGUUUUUUUCCCGUUUGAAGCUCGGAUUUUUCUGAAAUUUUUUUCAAUCGUUCUCUGAAAGUCAUUUUUAGGAUUUCUCAAAGUCGCAAUCCGCGCGAACUUUUUAUUUUUAAAAGAUUUGAAGUUCUGAAGAUGUACCACUGAAUUGUGCCUGAAACUCAUGUUUUGCAUUUUUUUUUUUUAAAUUCAUAUCUUCAAAAAUAAAAGUUUGAGCAGGUUUCGAAGGUAAUAGAUCUUUUUCUAGGCCUUUCGAGAAGCCCCAAGCAAAUUUUCAGAUUAUUAAGAACCUUAAAAAUCGAGUUUCAAGAAAAAAUAUCGACUUUUCGGAGUUCGUGAACCCUCAGAACUAUGAAAUCUUCUAAAAAAAUUUAUUAGUUAAUUUAGAAAUUUUUUUGAAAAGCUUUUUGUUAUUUCUUGGUUCAGAUAAGGUUCCUGACAGUUAAUAUGAUCGUCGAAUAUUUCUGACAAGCCUAAAAAAAUUUUUUUAGCGAUCCAGAUUUCCAGAUGAUCCCGAGGUACUCGACAAAAAGAGCUUUACGACAAGUUUUUUUCGCCCUCGGCGUUACGCAGUACGGUCAAAUGACCGCCGGAAGCUUCUGCUACAUCGGUCCGCAGGGAAUCGUUCAUGGAACUACGGUUUUUUUAAUAUUUUGUUUUAAACUCAGAAUACAAUCCAUGUUACGAGGGUUUUCUUCAUGUGCAAUUUGUACGGGAAAAUACACAGAAAAUCCAAAAAAACCUCAAUUUUCAAAAAAUUGAUAAAAAAAAAAAUCUUUCUAGCCUUCUAAAAUAGUUAAGACAAGCUUAGGAAAUCUAGAGCGGUCCCUAUACGGGCAAACUUAGAGGUCGUUGGAGGGCCCUCUCUAGGGGCCACUUUACCAACCCCUUCAGGGACCCCUAAAGCUUGCAAAAGUGGCUCCCAGAGGGGUUUCAGUUAGUGGUCCCUACAGGGGUCCACUAUAGGGUUCACUUGAGCUUUAUGGGCUGAGUGGUCAGACCAAAAACCCCUAUAGAGAUCAAUUUUUCUGCCCCUAUAGGAGUUGUUUUCCCCCAUAACCCCUAUAGGGACCCCUUUGGAUUUCCUAAAAAAGGAUAAUUUUUGAGAACAAGUAUCUUGGAGCCAUUUUUAAAGUUAAGAAGGCUUUAGUCCAACGCAUCAGGAAUUUUCAAGGUUUUGAAUGAUCAAACAAUAAUUGAGUGAAAAAAAGGCAAAUGUUGUAGAUCACAGUCCUGAACGCUGGACGAAGGCAAGGACUGGAAAAUCUGGCCGGUCGAGUUUUCGUCUCCGCCGGAUUGGGUGGAAUGAGCGGAGCCCAGCCAAAAGCUGCAAAAAUCGCCGGUUGCAUCGGUGUCAUCGCUGAGGUUUUUUUAAAAUAUAUCAACUCGAAAAAAAAUUAAUUUAAUGAAGUUUAAGAACCGAUAAUUGAAGACUGAUCCCUCUCGGAUAUUUAAAAAAAGCCGUGAGAAAGUUAAAAAGUGAAUUAAAUUCUGGAGAGUGAGAGGCUUCGAGCUUCACGGAGAUUACUUUGGAAACGGCUCAAAUAGUUGAAAAUCACUCAGAAUUGUAAAACAAAUCAAAAACUACAUGGAUCACAAUAAUUGAUUUCAACUUUGAGAUCAGCCGAGAAGCCUUGCUGAAGCGACACCAACAAGGGUGGCUGGAAGUCUACUCGGAGAGUCUUGAUCAGGUUCAUUUUUCGAGACUGUUUUCGCUAUUUUUUUUUGUUGUUCUAGUCAUAGAUGUAAUCGACUAGAUCAAACAAGAACUUUUAAAGGUGAGCAAGAUUUUUUAAAACAGUAAAAAACAACCGCCUUUGGCGAACUAGAAGUCCAAAUAUGUAAUUGAUCAAGUUAAAAGCAUGGUCUUACGGUUCAUCCAGUUUCUUGAAAACCUCAGAAUACAGCGGAUGUUGUGCUGAAGCCCGGAGACCGCGGCCUAUGUGGAAACUUUGAGUGAAGAUUUUACAUGGAACUUUUAGACUUCACAAUAAAAAAAGAAAGUCCUGGAAGAUUCUGAGAUUUUUCAGAUCAUCGCCUGGAUCAAGGAACACCGGGCCGCCGAAUCUUCGAUCAGUAUCGGAUAUCUAGGAAAUAUCGUCGAUUUGUGGUGAGAAUCGAUUUUUUGGCUUUCUUAUUCAAAUUUUGGGAUCUCAAGGAUAGUUUUUUUGCACAAAAAAAAUUAUUUUUUUAGUAAAGUGGCAUUUUUUUGAACUUUCGAACGAUCUAUCCUCGUCUUUCCGGAAAUACGAACAUAUACAAGAUGAAAACUAAGUUUUAAGGGUAUCUAAAAAUUAGUAAUAAUCUGAACUGUCCACUUUUUUUGCAUAAAUGACGAACUAGUUUGAAAAAAAUUGACUCAAAAUUGCUUGUUUUAUGAAAAUUUCGAUGAAUAUUAGAAAAUGCUGGAGUUUGAGCUCCGUGAAUACUACUUUAUGUUAAAAAAAUUAAAGAAGUAGAUCAAAAAUUAAGGUUUUCUUGAAGAAUCGGUUCGUUUCUUGAGGUUAAGAAAGGAACUUUUGAGAUUUUGGAGAUGUUUUUUUGAACUUUCUAAAAAGUUUUGGAUAAUUAAGGACCUUUGAAUAAAACAGAUCUUCUGAAAAGACAAAAAGAAAAAUCGCUGGACCUGAUAUGUUGAAAAAAUACUUUGAAAAAGCGGAACCUUUAGGGAACGACUAGCGAAUGAGCCGGAAAUGCUGGUGGAACUGGGCUCCGACCAAACUUCUCUUCAUAAUCCGCUUCUCGGCGGCUAUUAUCCGGCUGGUCUCACCGUGGAACAAUCCAAUGAUAUGAUGACGUCAGACCCGACCAAAUUCAAGUCUUUGGUUCAGAAAAGGUCCGGAAUAAUACUUUUUGAAAACUCGUUUCGCCAAAAAUCAAAACAGUCUGACUUCUCUGCGCCCUCUUUUUUCAGAAGACGCUCUCUUUUUUAAACUGUCCAGCAAGUGCAAUGACGUCAUCCAAAAUUCCUCUCUAGAGUUCUAGCUUUCUGAUUGGUUCAUGAUUCAUUAGGGGCGGAGCUUGAAGGAUGAAAAAGUUCAAAGUUUGAUCGUACUGUACUUUUUUAUAGCCUCGAUGAGAGAGAAGAGAGCGCAGACAAGUCAGAGUUUCAAUCUGCAUUAAUAAGAAAAAAAUUUUCUGCAGUUUACUCCGACAAAUCGCCGCCAUCGACAAACUCGCCGCCCGCGGCAUGUACUUUUUCGAUUACGGUACUUUUUUUCGCGACAAGACCAUCGAUGCUCCUUUAAAUUGAUGCUGUUAAUUUAGUUAUUUUUUCAUUCGAAAAAUAAACUCAAGCGAUUUUUUAAGAGUCUCAUUUUGUGAUUUAUCACUAAAUUUGCUUCAAUUUUUUUUACGAAAUCGACAUUAUCAAAGAUUUUGUUUCUACAGGGAAUGCCUUCCUUCUCGAGUGCCAACGCGCUGGCGCAAAUUUGCUCAAGGAAGACGCCGACGACGAUAAAUCGUUCAGAUAUUCGUCCUAUAUGCAGGAUAUCAUGGGGUUUUCUGAAGUUUAUGGGUGAAAUAUUUCAAAGGGAAAUUCCAGAGACAUUUUCUCAAUGGGUUUCGGACCGUUCCGGUGGGUCUGCACCUCUGGAUUGCCCGAAGAUUUGGCUCAAACUGAUCGGGUGGCAGCGAAAAUCAUUGCGGAUCUUCAGAAGAGCGAUGGUUUGGUUUAUUACUCGAAAAAGGAAAAAUUGAAAGCGCUGUUCAAAAAAAUAUGGAAAAUCAUUGCCGAACCUUUCAAAACGCAAAAUGGAAGCAAUAGUUGUUGAUUUUUAUACGGGGAUAAUCUCUUUUUUUCGAUAUUCUCGAAUUUUCUCAAUUUUCCAGUUUUUUUAUGAAUUUAUAAUUGUCAUACGUAUCGCUUAUUUGCGUAAUUCGAGAGUUAUCCAAAGAAAAUCAUUGAGAACGUAUUCAUUCAACUUUUUAAUCGAAAAAUUCAUCAAAAUAGCUUCUGAUAAAUGAAGUUCUCAAAAAAAUAAAAUUAACCAUCUUGUAAAUUUUUUAUUCCGAUAGUCAAAAAAAUGACGCAAAAAAAUACGUAUUUCGAAGAAAAAAAUACAAUUGAAAUUUUCACCCAAUAUUGUGGACUAUAUCGCAGCGAGAGUAAUGCUAUACCGCGGGGGAGCCGCGAGCGAUAUCGCUCGCCUCUCGCUGCGACCUCGCAAACGUCUCGCGCUAUAUCGCUCUCUAAAAAAAUUUUUUUCUUCAAAAAAAUGCUUUUUUUCUUGAAUUUGAUUGAUUUCAUCAUAAAAGUCAAAAAAAAUAAAGCAAAAAAAUGUUUUUCAAAUUUCAAAUUUUUUUGAGAGGGAGCGAUAUGGCAGCGAGACUUUGACGAGGUCGCAGCAAGAAGCCGUGGCUAUAUCGCGUGCGGCCCGCUGCGAUAUCGGCAAUUAUGUUGGGUGUUGAAAAGAAGAAAGAAAAUCAAGUUCUCCCGCGGUGCUCUACAAGGUUGCUCUACGGACAAAUAUCGAUCCGUCAAUUUUUCGAAUUUUCAGCCCCUUUUCGUUUAUUUCUUUUGUUUACUUCUAAUUGUAGCGUUUUUCUUCCCCUUUCGCAUGAGGAUCGACGUAAAAAAGAUACUUUUUCUGAUAAACUUCAGAAAAUUAUCGCGAAAUAUUUUUGCGUUGAUGGUUAUCGAAUUUUCUUUAAGUGAUGCGGAGAUUUUAGAGGAUCUUGAAGUAUGCUUAUUGAAAAUCUAUUAACCUGAUCCCACUUUUUUUGCGGAAAUAAAAUCGCGAAAGCUGAGGAUCUCAUGCGAUUAAGCCUCCAGUAUUUGUACAGUUCGCCUCACGUGAAUUGACAAGAAGUUUAUCAUUGGGGCGCGCUUUUUAAAAACCCUUUGAUUCAUUUUUUUUUUCUUCCAUAUUCACGUAUCACGGCAUUCCUGAUGGGGUCAGAAAAGGUGACCGAGACGUCAAAGUUUUUAAAUUUACAAAAAAAAAGUGCGCGCUCCGGAUAGAAUUACGUCACAAUUACACUGAAUAUUCAACCUUAGUAACUCGUUUUUACAAUCGCCUUUUUCUUUGCGUUCUUGAGAUUUGAACUUUCGCGCCCAAAUAUUUUAAACGUCUCCCCACCCCGUUUGGGAAUGCCGUGGUACAUUGGAAACGCUGAACGAACGUGCUCCGGACGUUUAUGAUAAAUUCUAAGGGACACUUAAGAGUGCUGACGCUACUAAAGUGGUCACUAGAAAUGCCUGGACACGUCCGUUUUGCGUUACCAGUGUCCGAGUUUUUUUUUUCGGGAUUUUUUCAUGCUCUUUUCGAAGUAAUUUCGUGAAAUUCAAAAUACCGAUCAGACAGUGAAAAGAGAUUGUAGCCAUUGACAAUUUACUGUUCAUCCUUUGCGAUUCAACACAGAACAAAAAAAAACCCUCAGCUGCUUUUAAGAGCAUCGGGUUAGUACCUGGUAUUGUUAGCCGGCCUCGCAGUUGAUAGAACUGUGUCCACCAUAGAUAUAGUUUGAAAACGUCGUCGUAACGAUUUCUUGUCACCGCGAUCAUCUGUAUUCUCAUAGAUGAAAUACUUUCGAAUGCGGAAAAAGAGUAUAUAAAUACAAAAGUUGAAUUAAAAGAGCUGCUCGUAAAGUUAAAUUAUUUUUCCGCAGCCAGAGUGUCUUCGGCCUCGAUAAUCUUUUAUUCAUCGCCAUGGAGAUUAAAAUUUGUACACACUGUAUAAAACCGCAGAGACUGGCGCGAGAGUUUCUAACAACCACAUUUUUUAAAAUGUUUAUAUAUCUUCAUAGGCAAAGUCGGGAGGACCCUUUGAGCUUCCGUUAUAAAUCAAAAAGCUUCCAUUAAGGUGUUUUAUAGCCGCUAAAAAGGAGAGGCUCAAAAAAAAACUGCAGAAGAGCAACAAAAAGAGUAUUUUUGAUUAGCGUUCCAGUCUUUCUAGAAUUCUAAAGACUCGAUAAAUGGUGGAAAAUGGGAGAGACAGCAAAAAAGGAGCCUUUUUCGCCCUGAAAGGACCGUAAUGUAAAUAAGAUAUAUAUAUAUAAAAGUUUAUGGGUGGAACCUUGGAACCUUUUUUACCCUUUCCGUCUUUGCCUAUGAUAUCGGAUCAAGGUUUUUCUGGUUUUAAUCCAGUUUUAAUAUGGUCAAGUCUUCUUCUCUCUCAUUAUAACAUUUUUCUAAACAAAAGCCUUCGAAACCUCACAUCGAUUGUUCCAGUAGUAGUCGAUAGUUUAUUUCUCCAGGACGCUUCUUCGUUUCCAUGCUCCAGAGUUCUUUCUAAAGGAAAAGUAAUUAAAAAAUAAUUGUUCAGAUAUCAAACUGCUUCAUUUGAAGUUGUCGUUGAAUAUCCAUGGACUGCUCAGAAAAAAUCGUUGAAAGCUUCCUGCAAUAUUUUCAAAAUUGAAAAGGAAUCAAGUCGAUUGCAUUAUUUGAAUCACAUGUUUUGACUGAUUAGCUAUUUAAAGUCAUAAGUAAGUUAGGGAUGCUCUAUGCAGUCAGAAGAACUAACUAGGCGGUGUGCUAGAGCUCCGCUCGGCCUUGUUAGAACUAAUCCUAGACGCCGAAGGCCGUGACGGCAUUUUCCGCGGGGGUCCCAUCAUCGCUUUGUCAGCAUCGCGCUGCCAACAGUUUAUGCUUCGGCCACCGGAAUGGGCUUCAGCGUGACUUUGCAUAUCCAAUUCGCAAGCGAAAAGGAUCGGCACUCCGGGAGUCCCGCGGGCCUAAUCUACCAGCGCUUAUAGCUCAGAAACUUAUUUUGGAACUUAGAAGUGUUUAUGGAGGUUAAAAACUUAUCUUGACGUUGAAGAAGCGAGAGGAGUCGUGAAGAAAGCAGAAAUGAUGAUUGAACGCAGGUCAAAAAAGUAGAAAUGACACGUUGCCACGUGGUUUUUCUUACGUGUUAAUUUUUUCGAUAUCAGGAAAAUUGAAAUGAAGUUCACGUUUUAUUUUUUUGCAGAGAAUGAAAUUUUCAUUCUGAAUAGUCACGUGACGUGAAAGGUAGAGGCUAGUGGAGACACUAAAAAAACUUUUUAAAGUUUUAAUUCUUCAAUUUUUUUUUUCAUAUUUGUCCUUUUAUAGAGACAUAAUUCACGUAACUUAGAGCCAAACUGAAUUCGCUGAUGCGUUUUGAAGUUUUCUCUUUAUAUUUUUCUAGUUUUUAAUGUUUUUUUCAAAUUUAAUUGAACGAUCCGCCAUACAAGUGUUUUUGUUUUUUAUUUUCGCUUAAAGAAAAGAGCCCCCCAAUGAUAAAUCUCUGGUCAAUUUAUGUGAGGUAAGCUGUACAAAUACCGGAGGCUUGUGUGAUUGCCUGGGUUUUAUUAUAAUUUUGUUGUGAAAUGGAUUCUUUUUUUGGUAAAUGUCAUUUUUUUUUUAGUAUUAUUUACCCUUUUUGUCUGUUUUAUGUUUAUCUUCUUUUUUUUUCAGUACCCGACAACGUGAAGCAACAGUACGCUGAUAACCUAAAAUGGAUCGAAGAAGCGGAGAGAAAUGGCCUCGUAGUGGGAAGCCAGGCGAGGAUCCUUUAUUCGGAUCGGGCCGGCAGGAUCGCCUUGGCCAAGGCUUUCAAUGAGCUUGUCAGGAAGGAUGAAGUUCAGGUACUUUUGUUUGAGACUAUUUUAUUGCUUUUUUUUCAUCAUUAUUAUCUGUGUUGUUUUUUUAAUAAUGAAGAAAGUAGUCCCAACCUUGAAAAAGUUUAUAUUUUUCCGAGAAGAUUACACAUUUUUUUGUCUAUAAAAAAACGAAAAAGAACGGGCCAUUCUCAGGCUUUGAUAUUUUUAUUUCUUGGGAACUAAAAAAAGUUGGGAAGACUUUUUAAGAUCUUUAUUUCGUGAAACAGAUCGAUUUUUCGCGAUUCAAUUCAUUUUUUUAUCAAUUAAAUUUUUUUGAUCAAUUUUUCAGCAUGCGAAUUUUUUUCUUGUGGAAUUUUUAAAGCUAUACGAUUAUUUUUACUUUUUAUUUUUAUAAAAAAAGUUUUUCACAAAUUUUAUUUCCCCCUCAUAAGAACUCGAAUAAACUGAACUUUGGACGCAUUGAAACCUCAAACUUUGAAUGAUUACACACUAAGAAUAACUGCCGAGAUAAACGCGAGACACUGGCGGUACAUUGACGAGCUCGCAAACAUCUCGCAUUUUUUCUCGCGCCGGUUUCGCAUUUGUUUGGGCGCGAGCUCGCAUUUUUCUAGGCGCGAGCUCGCAUUUCUCUCGCAAUUUGAAAAUUUCCGAAAUGCAAGAUAAAUGCGAGAUGGCGCCGAGAAAAAUGCGAGGUCGCGCCGAGAUAAAUGCGGGAUCGCGCCUAGAAAAAAGCGACAUUUUUGCGAGUUAGUCAAUGUACCGCCACCGAGCUCGCAUUUAUCUCGUCAGUUAUUCUUAGUGCAUAUAUCAAACAGGUGAUUUAAUGUCCUGAUAAGAGAGUACAAUGCAAAAGCUUUUUCUCAUUUUUGUGAUAAGUGAUUAAAGAACACUCUUUUUCAAGUUUUUGCACAAAAACUGAUGAAAUAGACAUUUUUCGAGACUUGGAGGCUUUUUUAAGAUUCCUAGAGAAACAGCUUCAAGUUGUGAAGUGCAAAUCCAAUUCAAAAAAAAAAAAUUUUUUUUCAAUAUUAUGUUUUAAAUCAUUCAAUGCUCCCUAGCAGGGUGAAAUUUAAAUUUUCGUUUACUAUGAAAACUUUAAGGAAGUAAAAGCGCUUAGAAAUUCAGAAAAGUCCCAGGAAUCUCGAAAGUUCACGCAAUUUUGAUGAGAAAUUAGCAAUUCUCCGCUUUUAGCUAUCUGAAUUUCUGAUUGAGAAAUAAUUCAGAGAACGAAAUUAUCAAUUUGGAAAAAUGAAUUUUAUACUUUUAUUCAUAUAUCAAAAAUACUGUAAAUGCCAAUAGAGAAUCUGAAAAAAGCUUUCUGAAAAAGUGAUCGAGAGGCCACUCAAAUGGCAAAUGAAUAAAACGUGCUCUCAGCGAACAUUUCACUGAUUUUCCCUCAAGUGAUUUUACCCUCACUUCUGUAUACCUUUGAGGAAGAAACUUGAUGUUCUAGAUGGCCUUAAAGUGAUAACUUUUUUAAAGCUCUAAAGUGACAACUCCUGCAGGCUCCGAUAGUCAUCUCGCGCGAUCAUCACGACGUCUCCGGCACGGAUUCGCCGUUCCGCGAAACGUCGAACAUCGACGACGGCAGCGCGUUCACCGCCGACAUGGCCGUUCAGAACGUGAUCGGUAAGGCUUUUUGGAAGGGUGCCAAGUAAAUUCAAAUUCAAGGCGACUCAUUCCGUGGCGCGACGUGGGUAGCGCUACACAAUGGCGGCGGCGUCGGUUGGGGUGACGUCAUCAAUGGAGGAUUUGGUCUCGUUCUCGAUGGAACCGAGGUACUGUAGGAAGUUCCAUUUUUCAGACUUCAUAAAGAUUGCGGUGAAAGGAGCAUGUUGUAAGAUAGAAUUCCAAGAUUCUUUGAAAAAAAAUCUGAACUUUGAUUUUUUUCUUUUUAAAAAGAAAGACUUUUUUUCAUAUAAUAUGUAUUCUGCUCCGAACAUCAAGCUAGAUAUGCUCGUUUCAACAAAAGAAGGAUGAUUUUGAGAGGGCCGAAAGAAAGGCGGAAAUGAUGCUCAACUGGGACGUUCCCAACGGCGUCGCCCGACGGUCCUGGUCGGGAAAUGAGAACGCGCGAGAGGCCAUCGUCCGUGCUCAGCAGCAGGUUUCCUGCUCUUCUCCUUCCUUUUUUUUCUUGCCUUCUGCCGAAAUGCUUAUCCAUCCAUUUCAUCUUCAAGGUCCCGGAAAUGCUCGUCACACUUCCGCAUCGCUGCGACGACGCACUGCUCGACGACCUUUUCUGA